CAGCUUAUGUGCACCUCGAAUUAAUCUCUAGAAUCCUCACCCACAGCCGUUUCACAUGCUUAUGUGUGGGGGUGAGGUGACCUCAAGAGUUGAUAACAAGGAAAAUCAAUCAUGAGCCCUUCUAAAGAAACAAAUUCUUAAGUCUCAAGCCAAAACCACCAGCUAUGCAAUCUGCGAAUCAAAGUGCAAGGAACGAUAGUGAAGAAGAAUCAGAGAUGAGAAGAGGGCCAUGGACUCUCGAGGAAGACACUCUUCUCAUCCAUUGCAUUGCUUGUCAUGGUGAAGGCAGGUGGAAUUUGUUAGCCAAGUUUGCAGGGUUGAAGAGAACCGGAAAAAGUUGUAGAUUGAGAUGGCUAAAUUAUUUGAAACCUGACAUCAAGCGCGGAAACCUCACCCCUCAGGAACAAAUCUUGAUUCUUGAACUUCAUUCCAAGUGGGGUAACAGGUGGUCAAAAAUUGCACAACAUCUCCCUGGAAGAACCGACAACGAGAUCAAGAACUAUUGGAGAACGAGGGUGCAGAAACAAGCACGCCACCUUAAAAUCGAGUCUAACAGCAAGAGGUUCCUGGAAGCGAUUCGGUGCUUUUGGAUGCCAAGGUUAGUUGAGCAGAUGGAGCAGACUUCAUCUAUUCCUCCAACCAUGGGAACUCAAAACUCAACAAUUUCUUUGGUACCACCCGGCGAAAUGAAGUGCGUCAAUCAAGCCAAUGAAAAGCCUGAAAUUUGCUUCUCAGCAGCAUCCAUGGGAAUAACAGAGAUGCCAGAAAUUUCAGAGCAAGCAACAAGCCCAGGUCAUGGCUUUGCUUCCCUCGUGGAUGAUUGCUACUAUGUGGACAUUAUAAGGGGCUAUGAUAUGGAGAGCUUCAACCUGGAUCCCAUGUCAGCAGUGCGGCCGGGCGAAUUCUCCGAUAGCCAAGUGGCGGGAAGUGAUUUGAUCAGCGAUGACAUGGCAGGUGCUUUGUGGAACAUGGGUGAAUUGUGGCAAUUCAGGAAGCCAUGAGAGCUGGGCAUCUAGGGGGGAGUUAUUCAGUGUUACCUAAAAAUCAUAGGCUAUAUCAGAUAAAGUGAGACUAAAGUUCCUGUUUACUCGAGAACCACCGCAGAAUUUGUAAAGCCUGCUGGAAAGGGUGGAAAUUGAGUCCUUGCGAUCUAGUUUGUCUUUGAUGUUAGAUCGCGAGUAAUAAAAAAAAAAUGACACGGUAGGCCUGAAUUAUACGACUAGUCCAUGUAAAGGCCGGCUUUGAUAUCAUUAGAAUGGCAACCUAUCGCUUACUAUGAAAAAUUGUACUCUUUUUUUUGCUUUUUUUUUAUAACGAGGCGUCGGGACAACUUACUUC